AUGAAAACCAUGCGGCCAGGGGAAGCCAACAAACGAGGGAAUGUGGUGACCGCACGAAUCGUCCCAAUAUUCCUCCUUGGGAUCAUUGGCUACUCAUCAUGGGUCCUCACGGAUCUCGUGUGUCUCAAGUAUCUCAUCAACCCUCCGCGGUCGCUGCUUGUCCGCCGUGAGGCCGGCUCUGCGAUCGCCAUCCUCGUCAUUUUCUACCUUCUCCUGCUUGGCGCGCUGACAUGCUUCGGCCGCCUGAUUCAGACGAUUCUGACAAACCCGGGCCUCGUUCCACGUGGAGAGCAGUACUGGAUUGAAAAAGAACGAAGGCGGCGGAAAGAGAGAAGUGCCAGUCAUAAGGAAGAGGCGCUUGAAUACGAUUCAACGGAGGGGUAUACGCCACGGCAUCUCCGCCGACGGCAGGAUAAGGAGGCUCAGGGCUUCCACACGCAAGACUUCUGGCACAAGGAUGUCUUCGUCUGCGGCUGGGACGGCCGCCCGCCAUUCUGCUCAACAUGCUACAAUUACAAGCUUGAUCGGGCCCACCACUGCCGCGAACUCGGCCGCUGCGUCUUAAAGAUGGACCACUUCUGUCCCUGGGUCGGCGGAAUCGUGUCUGAAACGUCGUUUAAAUACUUCAUACAGUUCACAUUUUGGGCAGCCCUGUUUUGUCUUCACACACUCGUCGUCAUGGCGUAUUACUUCGCCAGACGCCGAAGCGAGGAGCCCGGAAAUUUCAUCAACGUGCAUUGGAUCCUGGUCUUGAUCUUUGCAGGAUUAUUUUUCAUCUUCGCCGCGGGCAUGUGUGGGUCUAGCUUGCAAUUCGCGUUCCUUAAUUCCACCACCAUCGAGAAUUUUACCCGCAGGACCAAAAUAUGGUAUAUGGCCGUAUAUUUACCACCGAGGGUCCUGAAGAACUACCAAAAAUCGAACAGGACGGAUCUCAGAUUGAUCACGUACCCUCGCCCUCCAGAGGAGCAGUUUCAAAUUCUCAAGCAGCACGGUGCAGAGAUGAGGAACGACAGUGAGCAGAAUGUUGCGGUACAGGUCAGGGAUUCAAAUGCACAAAUGCCAACGCCGCCACAAAACACGUAUGACCCGCAAUCAACCGUGACAUCCAAUCCUAAUCCCGCCAUGCCAACGCAAGGGACAGCAAACACACCUCCGUCCGCAUCAGAUUCGCAACCGACCAUUUCCACACCUACAGUUCCCUCAAAAGUGGAGACACGUGCAUUCGCCAUCCUUGAAUCCCCUCCUGGUGGUAAUCCUUUUGACAUUGGUGCCAUGGGAAACUUCAGAGAAGUCAUGGGCUAUACAGUGUUUGAUUGGGUUUUCCCACUGAGACCGAGUCCCCUUGUUGAUCACAGUGAUCCAGUGAGUAUGUAUAAACUGGGACCAGUGUUAGAGAGGAUGAAGAGAGAUGCGGGAAUCGAGGAUGGAGUGGAUGGUGCGGUUGUGGCCGGUGAAAAGUGGAAAAAGAGGACAAGACGAAUUGAGGGUGAAAGUCGGCAAGAGCCUAGGACGAAUAAGACACGUGGACGUUCACACUUGGCCGGGGAUGGAGACUCUCGGUCUAAGCAUUGA